ACACCAGCUGGCGUGCACCGCGCUGAAGAAAGCUUGUUGCGUGCCGGCCGAGCUGCCACCCUUGAGCAUUUAACCUGGUCAUCUAAGCAUCUUUGUUUACGUGUUGCUCUUAGAAAGGGGUUAAGUAGGUGCCGCCGUGCGGGACGCUAUAUGAUAUACCGGCGUGAUCGGCGAGGGAUACGUCGUUUCAUUUACUUACCUUAGACGAAUCGUUGAAGAACAGGCAGUGAUAGCCUGCCUGAUCGGUGUGGAAAUCAUUUGCCAUUUACUGUUUUGCGAAACUUUGUGAAACACUGUGAAAUACGGAGUGUAGUAGUAUACAGUAGACGCGUAACUAGUGUCACCACGUGCGGAUUUAAAACGAGGGCUUGUCGCGUAUUCGCAUGAGAAUUUCCCCGUGAGAAUCCCUCGUGAACGAUGGGUCACAUCGUGCCGAAACCCACCGUAGAGUCGCCGCCUCCGCCCGCGGUCCCCGAGUCGUACUCGGAGCAGCCGUACUGCGUCGAGGGGCGCGGCAGGAACAUAGUGACGCGGUCGGAGAGCAUGGUGUCGCGCAAGGCGGACAAGGUGAAUCACAUGUUUGCUCCGACGCGGGCGCUCACGUCGCACAUACUCGACCACAUCGUCGACUGCCGCAAGCCGGACAAGAAGAUCUACAAAACGUUUCGACCGAAGAAGAAGUUUGAGCCGGGAACUCUGAAGUAUUCGCUACACAAGCAGGCACAAGCGUCUCUCAACUCCGGCAUAGAUCUGAAAAAUGCUGUCGUGCUGCCACAUGGCGAAGACAUUACUGACUGGUUGGCAGUACAUGUUGUCGACUUUUUCAACAGAAUCAACCUGCUCUACGGGACGGUGUGUGACUCCUGCACAGAACAGACGUGUCCCACGAUGUCCGGUGGACCAAAGUAUGAAUAUCACUGGGCAGAUGGCAACAAGUACAAGAAGCCCACAGCACUACCGGCUAAUCAGUACAUCGCUCUUCUGAUGGACUGGGUGGAAUCUCAGAUCAACAAUGAAGACAUAUUUCCUAUCAGGGCAGAUGUGCCGUUCCCAAAGAACUUUCAGCCGACCUGCAAGAAGAUCCUGACUCGACUGUUCCGCGUGUUCGUUCACGUUUACAUUCACCAUUUCGACAGGCUCGUCACGAUCGGUGCCGAAGCACACAUUAAUACCUGCUACAAGCAUUUUUACUACUUUGUCACGGAGUUCAACUUGAUAGAAAGGCGAGAAUUGGAACCAUUGAAGGAAAUGACAGAGAAGAUAUGCCGUUAGGUUUAGAUCUCUGUCAACCAAGCUGCGUACGCAAUCUCCACACGAGCCAGACAUGCACUGUCCGUGUCCCCGGCUCCUGGCGUCAGCGUCAUAAUCAAAGCAGAAGGGUAUUGCCAACCCGCGUCGUCAUGUUACCUUUUUGCUGUUAAGCCCGGCGCACACGUGAGUAAUUUUACUGAAGUAAAAUUACGCAUGAGUCAUUUUACUCACGUGUG